AUGAGGGCCUGGAGGCUGCUGGCACUGCUGACGGUGGCCGGUGUGCUGCAGGUGGCCCUGUCCCUGCGAAUAGCUGCCUUCAACAUCCAGACGUUUGGGGAGACCAAGAUGUCCAAUGCUACCCUCUCCCACUACAUUGUGCAGAUCCUGAACCGCUAUGACAUCGCCCUGGUGCAGGAGGUCAGGGACAGCCACCUGACAGCUGUGGGGUGGCUCUUGGACAGCCUAAACCAGCAUGCACCAGACACCUUCCACUUUGUGGUGAGUGAGCCGCUGGGACGCAACAGCUACAAGGAGCGUUACCUCUUCCUGUACAGGCCAGACCAGGUGUCCGUGCUGGACAGCUACCAAUAUGAUGAUGGCUGUGAGCCCUGCGGGAAUGACACCUUCGCCCGGGAGCCGGCCAUUGUCAAGUUCUCCUCGCCCUUCACAGAAGUCAGUGAGUUUGCUGUUGUCCCCCUGCACGCGGCCCCGUUGGACGCAGUGGCCGAGAUCGACGCCCUCUAUGAUGUCUACCUGGACGUGCAGAAGAAGUGGGACAUGGAGGACAUCAUGCUGAUGGGUGACUUCAAUGCUGGCUGCAGCUACGUGAGCCCCUUCCACUGGGCAUCUGUACGCCUGCACACGAGCCCUGCCUUUGAGUGGCUGAUCCCUGACACGGCUGACACCACUGUGAAGUCCACGCACUGCCCCUAUGACAGGAUCGUGGUUGCUGGAACUGUUCUCCAAGGUGCCAUCGUCCCCAACUCGGCUGUGCCCUUUGACUUCCAGACUGCGUAUGGCCUAAGUGAUGAGCUGGCUCAAGCCAUCAGUGACCACUACCCAGUGGAGGUGACACUGAAAUGA